AUGACGGCAGCUCCAACUAUCCUAGGCGGAUAUAAAGGUCCCUACAGCACCACUCCCCAAGUACAUAUCCACCUGGUCAUCAAAAUGAAGUUCAGCAUUAUUGCUCUCGCCUUCUUCGGCUCCGCCUUGGCCGCCCCAGCUACCUCUACUCCCACCCCUUCUUCUACCCCAGCGGCUUCCUCCUCUUAUGCGGCUUCCUCCAGUCAUAUAGCCUCAUCCACUGCCAGUCCUUCGGCUACUCCCACCUUUCAGCCAGGCUGCGAUAUUGAGCACGUGGGCAACAACGGCAAGCAUCUCGGAUGGUGCAAGAAGGCCAAGCACUACGGCACCUACAAGAACGGAACAAGCAUCUAGACCUACAAACGGGUUCAACCCGCAGGUUGUCAAUAUCAAUGCCCUCAUUCGAGACCAUGCC